AUGAGCGCUCAAGUCGAAAAAAUGGCCCUACAGGCCGAUCCCGAGCGGCCCGAUUUCAUGAAUCCCGCCGUCUUUCGCAGAAAUACCCUUCCCGCGCGUUCUUAUCACAUCCCCUCUACAUCUCUACUUCUCAAUGGAAACUGGGAGUUCAAUAUGUCCCGGUCACCACCGGAGGCACCGGAGCCUAGCGACAAGACCUCCGACGAGGACUGGUCCAGCAUUGUGGUUCCAGGACAUUGGCAGUUGCAGGGCUGGGGAAGACCAAAUUACACCAACACACAAUUCCCGAUCCCAGUGUGCCCUCCUUUUGCACCCACAGAGAACCCCACGGGUACAUACCGUCGUAAUUUCCAAGUGCCGGCCGAAUGGAAAUCCAACCACCCAGAAAUUCGUUUGCGAUUCGACGGUGUCGACAGCGCGUACCAUGUUUGGGUGAACAAGUCCCUGGUCGGAUAUGCGCAGGGCAGCCGAAACUCCUCCGAAUUCGACGUCACACCUUUCUUGCAGGAAGGUGACAAUGAAGUCUUUGUCCGGGUCUAUCAGUGGUCAGAUGCUACUUAUAUCGAAGAUCAGGAUCAGUGGUGGCUAUCCGGAAUUUUCCGAGAUGUCACUUUGAUUGCAUUCCCCGCCGCCGAUCGCUUGAAUGACUGGUUCAUUCGUACAGACCUCGAUUCCGAAUACAAAAAUGCCACACUGCUUGCCACGAUCAAUUACCAAGUCUCGGAGCAAAGCACUAUUGCACUCAAUUUGAUUGAGUCAGUGGAUGGCAACCGUCAUGUCAUUACUUCCACAGAGUGCACCGUGGAGCCAGCAACAUCCGCCGUUGAAUUCAGCUUGCCUGUUGCCAACCCCAAGAAAUGGACUGCCGAGCAGCCGAAUCUGUAUGAGGUUGAGAUGAUUCUGACAACUCCUUCAUCCAACAAGAUCUUCAAGACUACACAGCGCACUGGUUUCCGCAAAGUCGAGCGCAAGGGUGGCUUUAUGACUGUCAACGGAAUUGCAAUUCAGCUUCGUGGAGUCAACCGACACGAUCACCACCCGCUUUUGGGUCGUGCUGUGCCGCUCGACUUCAUAAGAAAGGAUCUGCUUCUCAUGAAGGCUCACAAUAUUAAUGCCCUUCGCUGCAGCCACUAUCCCCCCGACGCUCGCCUUCUGGAUAUGGCCGAUGAGCUGGGCUUCUGGGUUAUCGACGAAGCCGAUCUCGAAUGCCACGGUUUCUACGACGCUGUCUCACGCCCGAUGGACAUGGACGAAACUCUUGGCUACGAGGAGCGCAAGGCGAUGACCUUCCCUAAGUGUGGUGCCCCCACAUCAGACAACCCUGCCUGGCGGGAAGCCUACGUUGAUCGCGCUCAUUCUCUGAUUCAACGAGACAAGAACCACAUUAGUGUUAUAAUUUGGUCUAUGGGCAACGAGUCUUUCUUCGGUACAUGCCACCGUUCCAUGGUAGACUACGCCCGGGCCUUCGACAACACUCGCUUGAUCCACUACGAGGGUGACAUAGAUGCGGAAACCACAGACAUGUUCAGCUACAUGUACCCAGAACUCGAGCGCUUGAGGAGACUGGCAGCAACCGAGGGAGUUCAAGAGAAUGGCGAGUUCGACAAGCCUAUCAUUCUCUGUGAAUACGCUCAUGCCAUGGGCAACGGACCCGGCCUGCUUACCGAUUACGAGAAAUGCUUCGACGAGAUCCCGCGUUUGCAGGGUGGUUUCAUCUGGGAAUGGGCUAACCACGGUUUGUGGGUCGAAGGCAAGGGCGAGAAGGGCGGCUUCUAUGCCUACGGUGGUGACUUCGAUGACUACCCCAACGAUGGAACAUUCGUGAUGGAUGGUCUCUUGAACAGUGUCCACCAGCCUCUGCCCGGUCUGUUGGAGUUGAAGAGAGUCUUUGAACCCGUCAAGAUGGAAGUCCGUGGACAGGUCUUGGCUCUGAAGAACCGAUACAACUUCUUGGACCUGAGCCACCUCCAAGCUUCAUACAAGCUUGAGUUAUUCGACAACCAAACCACCACCUUAGCAACUGGCUCUCUCGAGCUGCCCUUCGUGCCUGCUGGCGAAUCUGCCGAGAUUUCUCUACCAGCAGAGCUCUUCCAGCACAACGCCCACCCAGCCUACUUGACCGUCACUAUUGAGCAACGUGAAAAGGUUGAAUGGGCUCAGGAUGCUUAUGUCGUUGCUUGGACACAGGAGUUGGUCUCGAAGCCAACCGAGAAUACCCCAGUCAAGAGCAUCUCUACUCAGGAUGCUAUCUCGACCACCUCCACCAAGACCACUGUUUCUGUCAGCGGAGCCAACUGGUCCUUCGAGUUUGAUAGCAUUCGCGGACACCUCAAGAAGUGGAUUUACAACUCUACUUCCAUCCUUGAGCCGUCUCCCGAGACAGGCCUUGCCAUGAUUCCCGGCUUCUGGCGUCCUCCUACCGACAACGACGUUCCUUCCGCAAUGCCCUACUGGAAGCGCUUCGGAGUGAACUGCCUCACCAACCAGUUCCGUUCCUUCAAGACCUCAUCCUUGGAGGAUGGAAGUGUCUGCAUCGAAAGCGAGACCUUCCUCUCCCCUCCCGUCCUUUCCUGGGGAUGGAAGUGCAUUUCCCGUUAUACCGUAAAGCCCAAUGGCUCAUUGUCCAUCACUGUGGACUUGAAACCCACCGGCGCCGCACCGGAUACCGUUCCCCGACUUGGCCUCAACCUCCGCGCCAACUCUGAUCUUCAGGCCGCACGCUGGCUCGGACCCGGUCCUGGAGAAUCCUACCCCGACAAGAAGGUCUCCCAGAAGAUCGGCUUGUGGAAUGUGGAGGACAUCGAGUCCCUGCAGACUGUUUACGAUAUUCCUCAGGAGAAUGGAAACCGUGGAGACACUGCUUGGGUGGAACUUGUCACUCCUAAUGGCACUGGAUUCCGCGCAAGUCCGCAGGAAAGCACAGUUGUGACUGGAGGAACAGCUACCUUGAACUGGACUGCUAGCCAGUACUCCGAUGAGGCUGUUGAGGCUGCACGACAUCCUUGCAAUCUUGUCAAGGAUGACGCCGUGUUUGUGAGAUUGGAUGACCAAGUUGCGGGUGUUGGCAGUGCCGCCUGUGGCCCUGGUCCUUUGGAUGAGCAUUUGGUUAAGGUGCAGGAUAUCACCUUCGGUAUGCUGUUGGAGCCUGUUUCUCUGUGA